GACCAAGCGCACCCACUGAGGGUGCCUGAGGUGUGCGCUCGUUGACUAUCAGCAGGCUCCGCCCGCUUGGUCACGGAGGGAGUGGGGUGGAGCUUAACCACUUCAACUGUGGCCGUCGACGGCGGACGACAGAACGGCUAAAACGGGGUUAUGUGUUUCAAAAGCAAAUCGUAACCCCCAUGCGAGGGUUAAAGUUUGACAUUUUCGUCCGUGGACAGCUCGACUAACCGGCCGGCAACAUGAUGCGUUUCCUGCUCCUCUUCAGUCGUCAGGGCAAGUUGCGCUUGCAGAAAUGGUACACGCCCUUGUCUGAUCGGGAGAAGAAGAAGAUCAUCAGGGACAUGACCUCAGCCGUGUUGGCUCGGCAACCGCGCACCUGUAACUUCCUGCACUGGAAAGACCUGAAGAUUAUUUACAAACGAUAUGCAAGCUUGUAUUUCUGCUUGGGUAUAGAGAGCCAGGAGAACGAGCUACUUGCUUUGGAAGUGAUUCAUCGCUAUGUGGAGCUGCUGGACAGAUACUUUGGCAAUGUGUGCGAGCUUGACAUAAUCUUCAACUUUGAGAAGGCCUACUUUAUCUUGGACGAGUUCCUGAUGGGAGGGGAAAUCCAGGAAACCUCCAAGCAGGUUGUGAACCGCACCAUCGAAGCGUCAGACAUGUUGCAGGAGGAUGGCAACAGUGAUUGGUAUGAGGUGGAGCUGUUUGGACCUUGAAUAUGGACAGACAGACAAUGGAGGAAUAUAUGAGCAAACCAGCAUUUUGACACAGGAAAAUGGACAAAGCAAGCUCAGGGCUUAAAUAUUCAAAUGCAACGACUACACGGAAGCAGGAUUCGUUUUGAUUCUGCCAAACAUUCUCAAGAGAAGAGAGAAGGCUUCAUUUACAAGUAUAUAUAACAUUUUUUGGUCUUGGACUUUUUUGAAAGUGAAAGGAGUAAAAAUAUUUUCCUGUUUUGCUCAAUGUUAAUAUAUGGGAUUUAACCAUGUGGUAAUUUAUGAUUUGUCCAUGUAAACACAUUUUUAUUGUCAAAGAGCAAAAAGCACAUUCCUCAAUGAAAUGUUUAUUCACUUUUUAAUCUGUCUAUUCUCAGAAUUAUUGUGGCCACAUUUCUUCUGAGAGCUAGUGUGUUGUUUUUUUAAUGAACAGUUUGAAAUUUCUAAUUAAAUGUGCAUUUUGAUAAUUCA